AUGACCAUGACCGGUCGCGCACCACCGAUUCCUCCCAAUAAACCUCGCAUCGUACCGCCUGGCGCUCGCGCACCAGAUAUUCCGGGUAGUCCGACGGAAGUCUGGACGCCGUACCUGCAUCAUGCUCAGCAGGCCAAUGAAUACGCGCCCUACGGCGCGCCUAUAGCACCACCGCCUCCCGUGCCGGCUCCUCCGACCCUCGUUCCCAGAGAUCGUCAGAGUUCACUGCAACAAUUUCCCUAUACGUCGCUCGCUGACGCUUCCACCUUCUCCACGUACUCUGUGCCUGCACACACGACUCGCUUUCCUACCAACUCGCUCUCACCUCCCUCGAUGCCGUCUCAUACGCAAAGUCUCAGUGUACCCAGUACUCCGCGUCCCCGUACACUCUCGAGCUUCGACACAAGUGCUGCAACUAUGGCUUUUCCUCAACCCAGCAGCUACGAUAGUCGGGCAAGAAGUUAUAUGGCCGUACCCAGCUCGCAGGCGCAUCGACACAGCCGGAGCGACGUCGGGCAUCAAAGCUUCAACGGCGAUGCAUACCCGACGCAGGGCAACGGGCAAAGCCCACGACCACCGGCUCUCUCGCCUCAGAUGAGCGUCGCUAGCUUUGAUAGUCAAAGCGUUGACGAGUUCACAGACGAUCAUGAAGUACCAGACUUAUCUGCUCUGAAUUUAAACUCGCAAGAAGGCAUCAUGGACGCCCUACGUCUCUUCCAAUCAGGGCGCGUUCCCGACGCUCAAGCCGAAUGGUACAGCUUCGUACCCAAAGCGGCUAUCGCCUCUCUCGACAAGGCCGAGGUCGAGCGCCAAUCGGUGAUCUUCGAGCUCAUCAAGGCCGAACAAGAGUAUGUCGAGGAUCUGCGGCUGGUACAAGAAGUCUUCGUCAAUGGUCUACGCACGGCGCAACCUCCAGUACUUCCCGCACAGCGUCUCAAGGGCUUCAUCAGUCAAGUGUUCGGCGGGAUUGACAGGAUAUUGGGGCACCAUCAACGCCAGCUCGCUGCGCUUUUCGAUCGGCAACUCGAGCAACAUCCAUUGGUGCAGAGCGUUGCAGACAUUGUACUGGAUAAUACGCUCAAAUUUGUCCCCGAGUACGAGUCCUACAUGAAGAACUCGCCCAUCGCGCUCGAGCUACACCGCAAAGAGCUGUCCCGCACCCCACUUUACGCCGCCUUCCUAUCGCGCAGUGCCGCUGAUCCGCGUUUGCGGCGGCGGGAUAUCAAGACACUGCUUUCCCGUCCAGUCACACGACUUCCGCGGCUGAAGCUCGUACUGGAGCGUAUCCUGAAGCGCGCACCGGAAGGACACGAUGAUCAUGAAGUGCUUCCCAUAGCCAUCGGAGUCUUAGACGACUUCAUCCGCUCAACACAACCGGGGAUGCAAGUUUCCGAGUCCAAGGUCAAGUUCUGGGACAUCUGCGAGAGCUUGGUAUGGUCAAGAGGCGAGAUAAUCGACGUGGAUUUGUAUGACGAUGAGCGUGCAUUGGUGUACACGGCUCCGUUGGCAAGAAGGAACAAGUCGGGCGGCGGAUGGACGGAUCUCGUUGGUGCUCUACUGGACAACUAUCUGUUGCUUCUUCAGGUUGAUGACGCACACGGACGGACACGCAGGAAGGUCGUUUCACGGCCUAUUCCGCUUGAGUACCUUCGCCUCAUCCAGUCCUCCUUCGUCGAUCCGCCCGAGUCACGACGCGAACGCGACGGCAGCAUCCUCCCUUCACUCUCACUCUCCUCUCGUGAAAAGACCCAAUGGUACCCCUUCACGAUCUACCACGCCGGAUCACCGGCAACGCGUCAAUACAAGCUCUACGCUCAGAGCGAGAGCAUGCGCAAGAAGUGGCAUGACGCACUCAUUGACGCAAUCGGCGUCCGUCAUGCGAAGGGCGAUGCAAACAGAUGGUUCGCGGAACAGAUCUUGGAGGACGGGAACUUUCGCCAGAUUAGUACGCGUGUGCGGUAUGCGGAGGGCACGAAGUUCACGGGGAAGGUCGUUUCGGCUGCUGUGUUCAUGGCCAUUGGGCGCUCGUUCUUGGUCGUCGCAACUCCAACAGGCGUAUACGUCGGCCCCCGCUCCUCCUCUUCAUCACCCACCACUCCGACGAAUCACCCCGCACCGGCUUUCAAGCGCGUCUUCACGCACAACGCGGUGCGGCUCAGCGUGCUUCAACCGUACAACCACCUGAUUCUGCACGUGGACCGCGGGAAUAUCUUGGCGUAUAACCUGGAUCUGCUCGCGCGAGUCAGCAUUGGCGAAGCGACAACUACUGCGCUGGACGGAAGCUUGGAGAUACUGUCGAACGAUGGCGACACGAUGUUCAUGCGUGUAGGCGAGGCGCGUGGGAGGUCGCUGGUCGCGUAUGCCAGCAAAGGGCUGCUGCAUGUUACGCUACACACCAUGGAGGCGGUCAAGCCUGGAGAGGCGUUGCCACCAGCGAAGGGACGGAGAGCGAUGCCAUCUUACAGACCCUACGGCUCGUCUAUGUAUGUCCCGAGGGAUUCGCACGAUGCGAACUUCUUGAGCAAGGGCGUCGCCGUCAUUGGCGAGCGGAAUGGCGCAGUCACAGAUCCAACAAGUACAUGGCUAAACGCACAAACUUGCAGCGCAACACCCGGAAGCAUAUCGAAGGCAGCACACAUGAUACCCGAUUGGUCUCUCGCACCAUCCAAUGAACCCAUGAGCGCGCUCAAGGCGCGCGUAGAAGGCCAUCGCUUGCUUGGCGUCAUACGCAUCGACGAGAACGAGAUGCUACUCGUGUACGACGAACUCGGCUGCUUCCUCGACAAGCACGGCCGACCAGCGCGUAACGCCGCGUACGUCCGUUGGGAGGGUGUUGCAUCGUCUUACGCAGUGCGCGGACCGCACUUGCUACUGUUCGCCGCCACCGGUACCUUCAUCGAGAUCAGACUCACAGCGCGUGGGAGACUCGUGCAGGUAGUUGAGGGAGUGGAUAUCAGGCAGAUAAGCUGCACUACGAACGAGAAGGAGGCGCUGCUUUUCGCUGCUCGCGGAAAGCACGAGGACGGGAAGGGCUUGAGCGAGCGCAUCGUCGAGCUUGUUCCUACUGCGUCGCUCGGGCUUGUGCAGGCGCCGCCACCCAAUGCUUGGGAUGAGUGGGAUUUGGCAUAG